ACAUUAUUUACAUUCAUGAUAUUGUUAUAGGUUGGUUAUAGGUGGAUAUCAUGGAAACUUUGGAAAGCUGUGGUUUCUGUUGAUAUAUGCAGGAGCGUCAGUUUAUGUGGUAGGAAGCUGGGAGGCUCGAAAGGGAAUAGGCGGAAUUGGAAUAGGUACCUGUUGUGGAUUGCGGCAAACAUUAAAUUAGAAUUUGAAUUACUAUUUGAAAUGGGUGAUUCAGAUGACAAACCCAGGGAUGCAGGUGGCCCAGACGUUCAGCCGGGUGAUUCCGAUGACAAGCCCAGGGAUGUGGGUGACUUGGACGGUCAGCCCAGCGUCAGCGAUGGUGGCGAGCAGUCUUCUGCGGCGCGGCAGCAGCAGCGGCGGCAGCAGCGGCAGCAGCAGCGGCGGCAGCGGCGGCGGCGCGAGGCCCUCAGCUGGCCGAUGCUGACCGGCGCGCUGUUCUCAGUGGCCGUCUCCGUGCUGCUCGCCUGGCUGCUGGUGCGCUGGCCGGACGCGCGGCCCGUCGAGCUCGACCCCAGUGAGGUGAGCUCAGUGGCGUCCGCCUCUCUAGUGGCCCAGACGGCCGCCAUCAACACCCUGGUGCGCCACCUGCGGAACGCCCAGGCCAAAAACGUGCGCCGGCUCGACUUCCUGGCGCUGGGCCCGCCCGGCACCGGCAAGACGCUGCUGACGCAGGCGCUGGCCUCGCUGACGUCCGUGUCGGCGCGCCGGCUGGUGGGCGACGCCGAGAUCCGCUGGGACCGAGAGGCGCUGCAGGCACUGGCCGGCGAGCUGGCGGCCUCGGCGCCCACCAACGGCUGGCUCCUGCUGGCACUGGACGACAUCGGCAAACACGUGGCCGAGGCGGUGUACCUGGUGGAGACGACGGCGGCGGCGGCGCAGCGGGCCGGCGUGCGGCUCAUCUCGCUGGUGACGGCCACCACGUCCGACCUGGCCGGCGAGCAGGGCGCCGACGCCACGCGCGAGGCGUUCGCGCGCCACUCGCACCUGCUGCAGUUCCGGCCGAUGCGCCGGUCCGGAGUGGCCGCCUGCCUGCUGCGCUACGCCCACUCCCGCGGACUGCCGCUCCCAGAGGAGACGGCGGAGAGCGUGGCCAAGGCCGUCAAAUACGAGGGAGGGUACGCGGUGAAUGGGUGCAAGCCGGCCAUCUACCACCUGAGGGCAGCUCUGAAACUGGAGGCGGAGUAACGACCGAUGCCGGUCUCUGGCCGCGCCGGUGACUCGGUAUCUGACGAAACGACUUUUCGGCCACCCGAUCUCGUCCAAGUGAGUCUUCCGUCCCGAUGUUGUGCUGUUGCUGUGGUUUUUAUGGAACUAUGGUGUGCGAGAUUUUUACCAUAACGCUGUGUUAGUCGUGUAGGGGCAUUGUGAGCCUUUAUUCCAGUCAUUUAAUGUCUGGUCAAUAUCCUCAUGCGUGAUCUGAUAAUAUCCUCAUGCGUGAUCUGAUAACUGCCGAAUGAUAUCUGUGGAAAGUUGUGGUGUGAUGCCGUUAAAUAGUCUGCUGUAGAUCGUAUUCUCAUGUCGUUGGUACCUGGCUUUGACCAAGAUAUUGUCGCCCACGAGAUACUUGAAUUUUGUUAAAUAUAUCAUGGAACAGGUGGAGCUUA